AUGGAGCGCAGCCUCCGUCUGUGCUGAUCCCAACCUGGGAGGAGGCACCGACCUGCCUGAGCUUAGGAAGGCCCUGGGAGGGAUGUGGGCAGGCUGCAGAGCUGGGCUGAGGUGCUGGGAUGAGCUCUGACAACUGAGAGCUGCCUUUUGCUUACAGAAACACCUCCUGUCGCCACAGCCUGGGGCAGCAGGGCUGGAAAACCCCUGUUUGUGUCUGGGAUGCAUGAAGAGAAGGGGAAAAGUGCCAAUCCAGGCCUGAAAUCUUAACUGCCAACAGCAAAACGACACUUCUGUAUCCUUCAGGGAGUUUUUAGAAGCAAAGGGAUUUCUGGAUCAGUAUUCAAUGUAAUUAGGUACUGUGAGUCUGAGGAUGGCGAGGACUCAUUCUUUAGGAAAAACGAGACGUGGAGUGGCUGCCGUGGGCAAAUGGAGCCAUCUGCCCAUACAAAGACACUGCUACAGGCAAAUGAGAGAUCUGUAUAUAGCCUGCAACGGACUGCCCUGGUGAAGCAGGGCUGUUCUGCUUUGUGCAUCUCUGUUGUGCUCAGCACCACGCCGAAAUGUCUGUAGCUGUUUCUAAAGCAUCUCACUAAGCUUGGAGUUGUAGCUCCACACUGCAACUCCCAGUUAUGUUUUGUAUUUAAGAUGACCAUUCUACAUCUACUGCUUUAAUUUCGGUUGUUGUUUCCUUAUUUUUGUAUUACAGGACAAGUGCCUUAUAUUUUCCAUGUUCUUCAUUUUACAUAUCCAAUCAUAUCUUUUGUUUGUUUUCCUCUAAAUUAAAAUCAUACUGUUUUAUUUUCUUUUAAUCUCCUUGCAUUGCAUCUUGUGGUUGUCUCCUUCACGCCCCUGUUAGGAUCACAUGCCAUUCAUUAGCAGAAAUAGCAUUGUUUUUCCAAAAAGGGAAAGCAAAGACCAUAACAGGCUGCUACCAGGAAUUUAACUCACUUCUCAGGAGAUGAUCUGAAAUUGCUUUUAGAGCUUUGUCGAGUCACAACCAGAUAGUAGGUAUAAAACCGUUACAGAAUACAUGACAACAUUUCUCCCCCGAAGCACCUGGUCACUGUCAGACUUCCAUGCUUCAGCUCUAUUUAUUGUUAACUUUGACCUUAUGGAAGCUCAAACAAUGCCUGACCAGCCGUGUGGCUACAGCUGAAUCAAUGGGAUCCCAGGAUCCUUUCAGUUUCAACAGCACACCGAUCUGCAGUCCUUUGCUUUUGGGUGUCCCCCAUUGUUUGAACACAACACUUUCCUGUUAUAAAAAUGCUCUUAUCGAGUAAAGCAAUAAAUGCUACUCUACAGAACUACAAAUAUUUCCCAUUCAGGUGGCGCCUUCCUUCCACACGCGAAAGCUGUCCAGCCUCUAACAACAGCGGUACGUGCGCUCAGGUAGCGGCACGUGGGUGCGAGAGGAAGGCAGCGAAGGCUGCAGGGCGGUGAGGCGGAGGAAGCUGCUGGGCUGCGCCUGCAAUCGAGGAACCUUCUGGCGCUCCCUUAUUGGAAUGGAGAUUUCUUCCCACCAGUUUCAGCUCCUGGAGCAGCUGAAUGAACAACGGAAGCAGGACUUGUUCUGCGACUGCAGCAUCCUGGUGGAGGGGAAGGUGUUCAAAGCACACCGAAAUGUGCUGUUUGCCAGCAGCGGGUACUUCAAGAUGCUCCUUUCGCAGAGCUCCAAGGACACCAGCCAGCCCACCGUAGCCACCUUCGAGGUCUUCUCUCCAGAGACGUUUAUGGUUAUCCUGGACUUUGUGUACUCAGGAGUAUUGCCCCUAACGGGUCAAAACGUGAUAGAGGUCAUGUCGGCAGCCAGCUACCUGCAGAUGACAGACAUCCUUAAUGUCUGUAAGACGUUCAUUAAGUCGUCUCUGGAUAUUAAUGAGAAGGAGAAGGAUCACUACCUGGGCCUCUCAGCCAAAAGCACAAACGGUGAACCUGCUCACGCAUCGCUUUAUCGCUCAAGGAGGAAAGCAAAGAGCAACCCGAGGCGCUCCUAUUCCAUUCCAGAUGAAAAGGCAGACGUGGUGAAUGAGAAUUCCUGGAGCAGUUACAGCACUUAUCUGUCCUCACAGGUGAUCCUUCAGCGGGCGGAAACGCAGCUCUCAAAGAGGGGCAGAAAGCAGGGCUCGGCCAGGAAGCGGCGGAAGCACUUGGGGCUGUCACAGACACGAGAAUUUGUGCAGGGCAGAGCAAGUAAAGCUGAGCGGGCUGAGGGCUGUAAUGCAUCAGAUUGCAGCCACGACUCCCGAGCUAAAGAGGAGGCUGAAUUUGAUGCCGAGAAUGAUGUUGAUCGCGCCGAUGAUGGAUAUGAUCAGGAAUCAGAAGUGACACCCAAGAGGUGGGCUGUUGCUCAGCUGGAAGAGCUGUCACAAACUUCUGAGUUCAUGGAAUUAAAAGCAGAAGAACUGUACAGCUCAGUGCCCACAGUUUUAGGUGUUAUGAGUAGUUGGAAUGAAGAUGCCCUGCCUCGCCUGCGGUUCAAGUGCCCCUUCUGCACGCACACGGUGAAGCGCCGCGCCGACCUGAAGCGCCACCUGCGGUGCCACACGGGCGAGCGGCCGUACCCAUGUGAGGCAUGCGGGAAGAGGUUCACCCGGCUGGAGCACCUGCGGAACCACUUCCAAACGAUACAUCAAGCCGGCAAACUCAUCUGCAGGAAGUGCAAGCGCCAGGUGAGCGAGCAGACGGGCUGCGUUGUGCAGCAGGGAACGCGGCGCUACAGGCUGUGCCACAAAUGUGUGACAGCGACCAGCCCUGAGGGCAGCCCCGAAGGAGCGGGCGCAGAACACGGCCCUGCCAGCGCCGGGGGGAGCAAACAUUCCAGGUGGGCUUUGGAGGAGGAUCAGAGGUCGGAUGGUGACGCAGUGGAGGAGGAGCCGUAUGAUCUGGUUGUGCGCCGUGGUGCCGAUGGCGCUGCAGGCGAGGCGGAUGAAAAGAUGAAACCAAAUCUUAGGUAGAUAAUUUGUAUAUUCGUUACUGUAUAUUCAAGAUUAAAUUGCCCGUGUUACACCAGCUAAUUCUGGUUUGUUAGUUUCAUUAAUAUUAAAUGCUGCUAAAAUUCUGCUGCAAGAAGCAAAAUGUGGACUCCAAACACGUUGGUUUGUGCUUGUGAACACCCAGCAGCUCCUGAACAUCACCCAGCAGUCACCUACUGCCUGCAAACUGCUUAGAAGAAUUGCUUUGCUUUUUGACAAGGCUUUACUCAGAGCUGUUCGUAAUGAAAAUAUAAACCUUUCUACAAGGAAGGUGCUACAGUAUACGAUUAAAAACAAAUGAGCACACAGCUAUGGAUAAUUUGCUUUUGGAAAGUCCUACAAAAGCAAGCAUCUAAGAAGUGUAAAACAUAUUUGUUGGCAGUGUAAUUAACACAUAUAUACACUUACGAAGUUUU